CGCAUACGAGAUAACCAGCGCCGCUCGCGCGCACGUCGGAAAGAAUACCUCCAAGAACUGGAGACGCGCUACAGACAAUGCGAACAAUCGGGUGUAGAAGCGACGGCCGAAGUGCAAGCGGCGGCGCGGAGGGUGGUGGAGGAGAACAAGCGGCUGCGUUACUUACUCAAGCAACAAGGCUUCACCGAUGCGGAGAUUGACGCAUUCUUG